CCCGUCGCCGGCCAUCGCAAGCAGAGAGACCGCGGUGAAACAAAACAGCGACUCAGACUAAACCAUGAAGUUGUCUAUAAUCCGUAGCGCCUGUGGCAGCCUUCGGAUACAUCCAACCCACCCAGGAAGCAGGAUCGGCGGCUUGUCGCGGAGAUGCGUCCCGGUUGGUCCUGCCAGCAGCCGGUUGAUGGUCCGGACCGCCGUUACCACCGGCGGCGGUACCAACCCGAAACCAGCACUUAACUUCAGGAAACAGCCCCAGAAGGAGGGUGGCUUUGAAUGCGACACUUCUUUGAGGGAAGUGGUUCAGAGCACCAAGGAGGCAAUGCUGGCUCUGCAGAGGAGAAAUCCAUCAAUCCAACCUCUGCUAGCCAUUAUACAGGCAGGUGAAGAUGACGGCUUGUUGGAGAUCAAUAAGAAAAUGGCAGGAACGAUUGGCCUAAACAUCACUCAGAUUUGUCUGGCGAAGGAGUGCAGUGAAGAUGAAAUUGUGGAGGAGGUGUUGAAGCUGAAUGAAGACCCCAGGGUGCACGGAGUCUACCUCCACCUCCCCCCUGCUUCCCUCACCAGUCGAGUGCUGAACACACUCAAACCUGAGAAGGAUGUAGACGGGAUAUCAGAUUUGAAUAUGGGCCGUCUGGUUCGAGGAGACCUCAGCAAAGGCUUUGUGCCACCCAUAGCCAACGCUGUCCUGGAUCUGCUGGAGAAACACGACACUCCUUUGGAAGGGAAAACUGUGUUGCUGGUUGGAGGAGAAGGAUCCCUUGGAGUGGCCCUGCAGUGCCUGAUAGAAAGAAGUGGAAUGGUAGUUUUUAAGAGUCAUUGGAGCUCCAAGAGCCUACAGAGACAGGUGAUGCAGGCUGAUGCUCUGGUCCUGUUAGGGGCAGGGACCACAGAUGUCCCAUCCAGCUGGGUUAAACCAGGAGCUGCUGUCAUCCGCUGUGAGCCUUCGCUGGAGACAGAUGCCAUUGAGAUGUUCUCAAAGUCUGGGUUAGGAUACCUCACAGCAGCUUAUAGAACACAGAAUGUGGUGCAUAGUUGUAGUCGGUGGUUCCAGGAGCAGCAGUACCGACCCUGGCAUCUGCGCAGCCUCAAACUGCAGCCCCUGACCCCUGUACCAAGUGACAUAGAGAUUUCCAGAGCUCAGACACCUAAGCCAGUGGACCAGCUGGCUGCAGAGAUUGGUGUGUUGCCAGAAGAGCUUGAAGCCUAUGGCAGGAGCAAAGCUAAGGUCCAACUCUCCCUGUUAGACCGCCUCCACACACAGCCUGAUGGGAAAUAUGUACUGGUUGCUGGUAUAACUCCUACCCCACUGGGUGAAGGUAAAAGCACGGUGACCAUCGGCCUCGUCCAGGCCCUGUCUGCCCACCUUAAGCUCAACUCUUUCGCCUGUCUCCGACAGCCUUCCCAGGGACCCACAUUUGGGGUUAAAGGGGGAGCUGCAGGAGGGGGAUAUGCCCAGGUCAUCCCUAUGGAGGAGUUCAACCUCCAUCUGACUGGUGACAUUCAUGCCAUCACAGCUGCCAAUAACCUGGUGGCAGCAGCCAUCGAUGCCAGGAUGCUCCAUGAGGCGACGCAAUCAGACAAGGCCCUUUUCAAUAGAUUGGUCCCUUCAGUGAAUGGAGUCAGAAGAUUUUCACCCAUCCAGAUCUCCAGGCUAAACCGUCUAGGGAUCAAUAAAACAGACCCAGCAUCUCUCACACCCCAGGAAGUCAGCACCUUUGUCCGUCUUGACCUUGACCCUUCCAAGAUCACCUGGCAGAGAGUUGUUGACACAAAUGACCGUUUCUUGAGGAAGAUCACAGUUGGACAGGCAAGCACGGAAAAAGGCAUGAUAAGAGAGACCGGGUUCGACAUUGCAGUGGCCAGCGAGAUCAUGGCCAUCCUGGCUCUGGCAGACAGCCUGGAGGACAUGAAAAACAGACUGGCACGCAUGGUGGUGGGGACCAGCCACUCCGGACAGCCCGUCACCGCAGAGGACCUGGGUGUGAGUGGAGCUCUGGCGGUGUUAAUGAAAGAUGCCAUCAAGCCCACGUUGAUGCAGACCCUCGAGGGUACGCAAAGUGUGGUUGUCCACGCUGGCCCUUUGCCAACCAAUCGCCCAUGGCAAACCUCCUCGGUGCUGGGCGGACAAGCUGGCUUGAAGUUGGUUUGGACGGAACGGCUUUGUGUGACAGAAGCUGGUUUUGGAGCAGACAUCGGGAUGGAGAAGUUUUUCAACAUCAAGUGUCGGGCUUCGGGGCUGAGGCCAAAUGUGGUGGUGCUGGUUGCAACUGUGCGAGCGUUAAAGAUGCACGGUGGAGGCCCAAAUGUGUCAGCAGGCGCGCCUCUUCCCAGAGAGUACAUCGAUGAGGUACGAGCCAAGACAGACACCCAGGCAGAGAUUGACCUUGUGUGUCAGCUAGCAAAAGAGUGUGGAGCGUCUGACGCUGUGCCGUGUCACCACUGGGCGCAGGGCGGGCGGGGUUCCCUAGAGCUGGCCCAAGCUGUGAAUGAGGCUACCAGCAGACCCAGCAACUUCCAGUUCCUUUACAACAUAGAGAUGCCGAUAGUGGAGAAGAUCAGAACAAUCGCCCAAAAAGUGUAUGGAGCUGAUGACAUUGAGCUGUCUCCAGAGGCCAAGGCCAAGAUAGAUUACUACAAUCAACAGGGCUACAGUUCAUUGCCCAUAUGCAUGGCCAAGACUCACCUGUCCCUGUCCCAUAUGCCUGACAAGAAGGGUGCACCCACUGGAUUCACUUUGCCAAUCAGGGAUGUGCGUGCUAGCAUUGGGGCCGGCUUCAUCUUCCCACUUGUGGGAACGAUGAGCACCAUGCCUGGUCUGCCAACCCGUCCCUGUUUCUACGACAUUGACCUUGACCCGGUCACAGAAGAGAUCACUGGGCUCUUCUGAGGAUGCUCCAGUUAAAGAUAUCCAUAAAUAGGAUCCUCCGCUCCCUGCGUGCACCAUCAGACUCAUCCUUUCUCUCUACCUUGGACAGGAAAUACUUCCUCACAAUUCCCAGCCGCCCAAACUCUCCCCACAUUACAGUAACAUGUUUACUGGAGCAUUAGCUUCUAUGCUGUAAUUUGCACACAUUAUGUCACAUGCCAAAGAUGACCGUCUACAUCCAUACCUUGUAUACCGUAUAUUCUGUAUGUUUUUUACCUUUCUGUACAAUGUCUUCUAUGGAAUAGUCAGUUUAAGCCUUCAGCCAUCUUGAAUUUUACUUUAAUGUUGUUUUCAUAGACUAAUAAUAUUCCUUUUUUGUUGUGAAAACCUCAAAUGUCUUAUAACAGUGCUGCAUUUUUUUUUUUUUUAAAUGAAUUUUUUUAAAGUCUUAAGCUUUUUAAUAGAAAUGGGGUGCAGCUUGUGUAUUUAUUAACUAAAUUGCUGUUGUACGCACAAAAAGCCAUUACGGUGUUUAAUGUAACCUCUUGUGUCCAAACCUGCUGGAUGUCCCAGCUGCUCUACUGCCUGAAUGAAACACACUACAAGUUACAGACUCAUCACUUCAAAGCCAUUUUUUAAAGAUUUUGUUCAAGUAUUACAUUUUUAUGUGAUGGGAAAAAAAGUAUAUAUAUCCAGCCUGAAUAUGUGGCAUUUGAAGGUUAAUGCUUAUAAUCAUAAAUGUUUGAAAGUAUUUUAUGAUGUUACUGGAGGUGGUCUUAAUUUCAGACGAGGUGUCCCUCCUCUUUACAUUUCAAACUCAAGUUACUUAUCAGAUAGAAAUACCAGUGUCAGUAUGUCUUGAUUAAUCACAGUGUAAUCACAGGUGUACCUAAAGCUUUUUGUUAAAGUUUAAACUUCAUAGAGUCGUCCAGUUGUGUGGAAUUAACACAAACUUGCUCAUAAAAUAACUGUAUGGUUCUCAUUGUCAACAGUUGUAUGUGAAACAUUUUGGUUCUCAGAGAUUAAAAGUGUGUGCCUUUUUUCCUCAAAUAAA